AUGGCGUCUCAGCACCAGCAUGCGCUGGAUCCGCGGCUGGGGGUUGCUUCCCCGUCGACGCCUCUCGCGCCCCAGCAUCAACACCAACAUCAGCAGCAGCUUCACCCACAGCUCCAAUACGAACACCCGCCCCCGACCUCACAACAACACCCGAACGCCCACAUAGCACCUUAUGCUCAACCGAGCCCCCAAGCCUACUAUCCCACCUACCCACCCCCYCCUCAUGGACAAGGCAGUAGCGGAUCUCCUUCCCAACAAGCAAGUCCUUCAGUGGGCACCUUCCAGCAGCCACAACAACAACAACAAACUCCCGGAGAUGGCGGAGAGCACAGCGCCGACGACGGCGGGAAUGAGGGCGGGGGCAGUGACGAAGCUAAGAGACCUCGAGCGUGUGAAGCGUGUCGMGGGUUGAAGGUUCGUUGUGAUCAGGAUCCGCUCCAUCCAGACAUCCCUUGUCGACGCUGUCAAAAGGCCAAUCGUCCUUGCAUCAUCACCGCUCCCAGCAGGAAGAGGCAGAAGAAGGCAGACAAUCGUGUGGCCGAUUUGGAGAGAAAGCUGGAUGCCUUGACCGCUGUUCUCCAGCAGCAGCAACAGCAGCAGAUGAUGCAAUCCCCACAGCAGUAUGCUCCCAUGCAACAACCCAGUGCACCCCCAGCCGGUCCAUCGAUGCAGCCCCCGCAGAAACGCAGACGAAUUGAGGAUGGAUCGCCUUCUCAACAUCACGCUCGAUUUCCCUCCCUCGGUUCGGCAAUCGACGACAACAGCAAUGCCGCCAUUAUGCAGGCAUUUCCCAACUCGUACAUGAUGCCGCCGCGCUCGCAGGAAGAGCUUCUCAACCGCAUCCAUGCGCUUGUCAGUCCCGAAAUGGGUGUUGAAUUGUUUGAUCGCUACGUCGUCAAGCUCUCGCCUCACAUGCCUGCUGUUGUCUUCCCUCCUGGCACCACCGCCGAGCACAUCCGACAGGAAGCUCCCAUCUUAUACCUCUGCAUCCUUGCCGCUGCAUCCUCUGGAAUCCUCCCCACCGACAUCUCCAGCGAGCUCACGCGAGAGUCCAUCCGCAUCAUCGCAGAUUGUGUCGUGUGUAAUGGUGCCAAAUCGCUCGAGCUGAUCCAGGCCAUGCAAGUCACAGCCCUGUGGUACAAACCACCAGAAAAAGCCGAACAGACAAACUUCUACCAGAUUAUCCACAUGGCUGCCGUCAUGGCCAUUGACAUUGGGUUGGGAAAGAGAUUCAACGGUGGGAAAGCCAAGCGAGGACUGGGCGGAUCCACGGCUGAAUGUCCUCCUGGUGCCCAUGUGAUUUCGCCACAAAACUCGGACACGUUGGAGGCGAGAAGGGCAUGGUUGGGUUGUUACUACAUGUGUGCUAGCGCAUCAAUGGUCCUUCGCCGCCCAAACUUGGUCCACUGGAGCAACUACAUGAAAGAGUGUGUCGACAUCCUCGAAACCAGCCCGGAAGCAUCCCCUUCGGAUAAGAUGUUUUGUCAGCACAUCAAAAUCCAACACAUCUGCGAAGAGAUUGGUGUGCAAUUCCUCAUGGACGACAACACCGCCACCGUGAGCAUCACCGAUCCCAAAGUCACCUACACUCUCAAUGUGUUGGAGAAUGACCUCAAAGCGUGGAAGGACAACAUUCCGAACGAGUACAAAGACCAUCCAUCCAUGAUCUUCUUCGAGCAUGUUGCGAGUUUGUACUUGCAUGAGAUUGCGCUGCAUUUCAAUCAUAAUGUGGAAGACUUCCGCCUGCCAUUCACAGAGGAGAGUUUGAAGACCGUGCCCAGCAGCUCGGAAACUUUGACGCAACAUCAGGUCUCCGCUCUGAUAGCCUGCAGGACCGCGGCGCAUGGAAUCCUCGACACGAUGCUCGCCUUUGACAUCGACACCAUCAAAAGCCUGCCAAUGCUCAUCUACUUUGUGAGAUGUACCUAUAGCAUCGUCAUCCUGAUCAAAAUGCACGUGAGCGUUUCGACUCCGGGGAGUGAAUUGGCGAAGAUGAUGACUGCGAAGGAGUUGAGAGUCGAGUACUAUCUAGAUGGCUUGCUCGCCACGUUUGCCAGAGUCCACUCGGAGAAGGGUGAAGAAUUCCAUCAAUUUGGGAAGAUUCUACGGAUUACGAGUGUGUUGAGGGAGUGGUUUGUGCGGCACAAGGUCAAUGUUGAGGUUUCUGCUGGAGGGGGAGACUCUGCAUCUGAUCCACAGCAGAAGGUAGAAGGUUCUGGCGGCCCUGCGACCUACCCAAUGCCGCCGACACCUCUGGAUCUGCUCUCUCAAGCAGCGGCAGGAAAUCAGCGGCCUCUCGCUGCACAACAGAGGCCUUCUCAAGAGGGAGCGCCACCUCCAGCGUCAAUGGGCAACUGGUCUGCAAAUGGAUAUUCGUAUCCCAUGGACAGCCAUCCUGGCCAAUUCUCUCAACAGCAGAUUAUGGGCGGUGCUUACACCCCAACUCCUGUGGAUACGUCUACAUGGACUCCCGGCGAGGCUCCUUAUGGCAUCGACUGGGGCAGUGGGUUCCAACAAGCAAUGGAUCUGAAUCUCGGGGGAAUGGAGGGCUUAAAUGGAGGCGGGAUUGAUGGGCUGUUCUUCGGAGAUGGGAUCGUACCAUUUGGUAAUGGCGGAGGGCAUGCAGGUGGUUUCAACAGCGGAGGAGAGUUUUGA